AUGAUUCGGGACAGAAAACAAUCUUGUAGAAGAGCCACACUUGCGGACAUUGUGGCAGGAAGACAGUGUCUACAUGUGCCGCAAGUAUCAACCACUGGUAGGAGGUCUCAACGCGCCUCCUUAUCAUCAACGAGUUUGGCCAUGCCACCAAUCUACGCAAAUACUGAGGGUCCCCCAAAAAAUAACAUAGUGGGAAAUGGAACUUAUUACAGCUCCAGUUUGGAGGUUGGAAAUUCAGAUCAGGGGACGACGGGAAACACACGUGGAGGGAAAAUGAGGUGUAUGCCUGUAAACGGGAAUGGUGUCCGACGUGGUAAUAUUAUACAACCUUUGAAAAAAAUGGUCAUUCAUUCUACACAUGAUGAUGCGGCAUUGAAGCCGCUUUUUGAGGCGAAUGCGAACGCGGAUUCCUCUAGUUUACAUGAUCAGUGGGAGGCUCUCGUGGGGCAAUUACUCCAGACACAGAAGGAAGCUGGCGACAGUGCGACACAAUUCCCUGAAAAGUUUUUGCCAAAGUCGAGCAAUGACGGGAUGAAAAAGGGGGAUGGUAAGGUAAAAAGAGUUAAAGGCACAGUCUCUUCACUGGAGCACAGCGAGGCCUCAACUGAGCAGAACAGUGAAAAUCAAUUUCAUGUCAAGACCAAUGAUUGCCGUUUGAAUCUCACCAGGGCGCAUUUAGAGACAGAAUUCAAAGAGAGGUGGAUUACCGGAAGUGAAGCGGCCGAUAACGCCCUCUUAAAGUUGUUUAUUUAUUGUGGUGCUCUCUAUCGCGAAGGUAGGGGACUCGAGCUGUCUGCUGACGAUUUUAGACACAUGUGCGUUAUCCGACAAAAGAUAUUGCCCCCAAAACGCAUCUUAUGGUAUGCGAUCUCCAAGAUAAGCUAUUGGUGUUCACAAAAUCAAUGCUCCAACAGUCAUGUGAUGGAUGGAUUAUUUAUCACACCUCCACAGUUUCUGAAGCUUUUACAAGAUGAACUUCGUGGCAUUAAGGGUGUAUCUAGAGGACACGUUAACGCAUCGGAUACAACUCUCCCGGCAGUAUGCAUGGUUCUUGCUGCACUGGCACCCAAGAUAUUGCAGGAACUUUGUGGCGGCAAAGUGGUGGAUUAUCUUCGUCACCCUUCAACAGUCCAAAAGACAUUAACGCUGUUGGUGGUUUCUGGUGAAGUUCUUUCCAAUUCUAGUGGGUCUUGUGCUGAACAAGACAAAACAAAUGGAAUUUCUGGACCGUUUUCACCCAGAGCACCAAAUGACGCGAAACGUUCACAGGUUUGUUCAGUAUCUUUUUCAACAGGCACACCUCUCUCCUGCAAUGGCAGUUGUGUUGUUGCUGAAGGCGCUUCAUCUGGCAAUGAGGAUCUCGUUGAUGAGAGAAAGCUCGUCGCGGUUUCCCAAUUAGAAGCAGCGCGGGUUACGCAUGGAAGGAGGGAGACUCCACGUUACAUGAGGCAAAGGCCGCUUGACGAAAUCUCUGUUUCUGUUAUUGCAAGAUCCAAGGCUCGUAGACUAAUCGAUGAACUUAGGAGGAAGGCUAUCCCCAUCAAUCGUUACGAGUGUUUUGCACGUAUUGAAUAUGUUCAAAAGAGCAUCUUUAAUGACGCCGGUCUUAGCGAUGAAGACGAGAAUGAUGACGCUGGGAGUAGUGAUCAAGCGUUCGAAGCAGUGACUCGUCAACUCCAUAAUGCCAUUCGUUACAAGACCAAACCGCCAGACGUGGGAGGUCCGUUGUUGCCGGGCAUGUACAAGAUGGGUGGGUCUGGUCAACCCAAACCACGGCGGGCAAGGCAGGAGACGUUUGAGCGUCUCCACCAGCAACGCUUUGGUAAAUUUUCUGGGUUUGGCAUCUUCUUACGGCGUCGAUUUGCACGUGCUCCUGAUAUUAACGUCUCGGAGGCAUGCAGCCCGGGUGAAGAAGACGCACAUGUGUCAAAUCAAACCAUCCCGAUAAAAGUGGGAACCUCACCAACGGUGGGUUCUCAUGAUGAUCGACUGACACAUCAGACAGAUACGCCGGCCUCUUCAUAUGAGACAGACGUGCGUGGGAAAAUGUCGCGGCGGAAAUUACGGUCGCAGGUAAUGCUAGCAGAUGUAUUUACAACACCUUUUGCUAGGUAUGCAAUGAUGCCACAGCGGCCGUUUCCCAGUUGUGUCGCUGGCUUCACAGUGAAGUAA